AUGGAAAACACAACGUCAGCGAACACAGGGGAGAAGAGGCAUGCAGAGGAAACUUCGACCGAGGUUCGCCUUCCACAGAAAAAGUAUUUCCGACAGCGCGCCCACGCCAAUGUGUUUUCGGACCAUCAUCUCGACUACCCGGUGAGCCCCGCCUACAUGGACUGGUCCAAGAACUAUCCCAAGCAUUUCGCUCCCAAGAAUGGUGAGGCUGCUGCCGAGGGAGCUGUGACAAAGGACUCUGGAAAAAAAGUCGAAUUUGCCGACCUCGGAUGCGGAUACGGUGGGCUUCUCAUUGCCCUGUCAACCGUGUAUCCCGACACAUUGAUGCUGGGAAUGGAGAUCCGUGUCAAGGUCGAGGAGUAUGUCAACCAAAAGAUCUUGGCGCUGCGUCAGAACCACCCUGGAUCGUAUGACAAUGUCUCGAUUCUGCGUAUGAACGCGAUGAAGUUCUUGCCGAACUUUUUUGAGAAGCACCAGCUCUCCAAGAUGUUCUUUUUAUUUCCUGAUCCUCACUUCAAGAAAAGAAAGCAUAAAGCUCGCAUCAUCACACCGACGCUUAUUUCCGAAUACGCCUAUGUUUUGCGUCCUGGCGGAAUCAUUUAUACAAUCAGUGAUGUCAAGGAUCUUCAUUUAUGGAUGGUGAAGCACCUGGACGCUCAUCCCUUGUUUGUCAGGAUUCCCGACGAGGAGCUGGUCGACGAUCCAGCGGUUGAACAUGUCAGGAAUGCUACUGAGGAAGGCCAGAAGGUGGAGCGUAACAAGGGCGACAAGUACCUUGCUUGCUACCGCAGGAUCACGGAUGAAGAUUGA